AUGUUCAAACGACGAAUCAGUUUUGAAGACUUCAAAGACAAUAUUAAGCUCCAGAAGUUAUCAUCUUCCAAUCAAGAGUUAAACAACAACGUAAGUAAUCUAAAACCAAGCACCAAACCACAUCUUCCAGUCCAAAUCAUCACUAAAGUCAUCGCAAACCUUACAAACACCAACGACAUCAAAAACUGCAUGCUUUUGUCAAAAGAUGUCAACAGCUGCAUAUUUAGGACACCAGAAAUCUUGACAAGAUUGUUAUUCAACCUUGAUUGCACCAACAACUCAGAUGAAUGCUCAAACUUCCUUAAAUUCAAAGGAAAUGAAAUAAAAAACAUAAAAUUAAGCUUCAAUUCAGAAAGUACAGAAAUCUUAAAGACUGUCCUCAGCCAGACACCAAAUUUGACAGACUUUACAUUCACAAAUGUGUCAUUUGGAUGUGUCUGCUGUGGAAGUUGCUCAUUUCCAACGAAAGAACAAGACAGCGUGCCAUUUAAAGAAUAUUGGACAUUGAAUUCAAACUCAAUUGACCUGCCAGAGCUGAAAGUUUUAGAAAUGGAAGUGACUGACCUGUACAGCUUCAUAAAAGUCACAAAUCAAGUUAAAAGCUUAGAAAAAUUGACAAUUUACAUUCAUUCGUCAAAGCAUCAAAAGAUUAUGACUGAAUUCAUCCUACAACAAGAGAAUCUAAAGGAACUGAACAUAAUCGUAACUGAAACAGACGGAGAAGUCAACUUUUUGUCAAGGAACAUUGCAAGAAAACUUAAAUUUAAGCUUAAAACAUUGAAAAUUUUUACAAAAAAUGGAAUGGCUGUCAAUGGCUAUUUAGAUGAAUUUUUACUAGCACAAAUUGAUUCUUUAGAGGAACUGGAUUUUGACUUUUCGCUUGACAUUUCAACUUUAGACAUUGUUUUUAAUAAAUUGAGGAAAUUGAGAAUGCUUAUAAAAGUUUCAUACAAUCAGGAUUUCUUUUAA